AAAUGUAUAGAUUUAAUCUAUUCUGUGGUACAACUGUCCCAUAUAGUUAUUGCGGUUUAUGACAGUUAUAUAAAUUAUACUGUCAGUACUCAAACAUUUUCAUACAUUUUUUCAGUAAACCUAUUUGCAUCUAAUUAUUUUACAUGUAAUAUAAAAAAUGGAAUUCAACUGUGAUAUUUGUAAGGGUAAAUUUUCCACAAAGUUUACACUUACAAGGCACAUGAAAAAUAAACAUGAUAUAAAGAAUGAACUAAAAAAAAAAUCGUCUAAAUGCAUUUCUUGUCCAAAUCAAACAUUUUCUAAAAAGGUAUUAUUAAUUGAUCAUUUAAAUGUUCAUCAUGGAGCGUGUAUUGAAAAAGAAAUUUAUAAUUUUUCAAAUGUAUCUGAAUUUAACAACUGGUUAAAAGAAUAUGAACUGAAAUAUAAAUGUGAAUAUGUUCUUCUAACGGGGAAAAAAAAAUGUAAAGAUGGUCAUAGAAGUUACUAUGAGUGUGGUCGAACAGGUGUACAUAAAGAAGUCGACAGUUCUAAAAGAUUAAAAAAAUCCCAAGGAAGUAAAAAACUUAAUAUUAGCUGUACAAGUCAUAUCAUAUUAUUUGAAUAUUUCAAUAAAAGUAGUUGUGAUAUAAUUUUUUAUAAACAUCACUAUGGCCACCAAGAAAAUCAACUACGCAUUAAUUUGCCAAGUACAAGAAAGCAUGAAAUAGUCAAAUUAUCGCAAGGGAUGACAAUGGAUAGAAUAUUGGAUGAUUUCAGAAGCAAUAUAGGGAAUGAUUUAAAAAGGGAAGACCUAGGUACACGAGUCGAUUUGCAUAAUAUUAAACAAAAGUACAAUGUCAUGCAGAAUAGUAAAUUACACAAAAGUGAUACCACAAUACAUAACAAUAAAAAAGCCCUAAAUAUGCAAGAACAAUUUAAAGAAAAAGCUAUUAGCCUUGCCAACAAAAUAAACAAUUUAAAAAAUAAUGGACAUCUUAAAGUAGCAUUAAAAAAACUAAAUUCUAUUGAAGCAUUCAUUGAUGCUACAUUAAAUAAUGAUGAAUUGCCAAACAAUUUCAAUAAAAAACUUAAUGAACCACCAAAUAAAACAUUAAAUUACAAGAAAUGUUCUUCUCUACAAAAAAAUAUGAAACAAGAAAAAGUCAAUGUAUUAGUGAAACCAUCUCAAGUUGAAACUGAACAUUUCGACAAUGUACUAUUACAAAAAAAAUAUUAUAUUUUAUAUUGUAACGAAAAUGAGCACUCCUAUUUUAAGAAGUAGAAAUUUAUUUUUUAGACCAGGCAUGUCAAACUCAAAGUUUUAAGUGGGUCAAAUAUAUUGAAUAGCUUACUAUGUGGGCAGCACAUAAAAAUUUAACGAAAAAAAAAUUUUUUUUUAUAUUAUUAUAUAUGUAUACAUAUAAAACCAUCAAUAAAACUUAGUCGAUUACAGUUUAUCAGAAUAUAAGACAUAAUAAUGUAUAUCAAAUAUAACAAUUUCUGAGAGUC